GCGAGUGACACGACCAUUGGACGAGAGGCGUUAAAUUCAGUCCCGAGGAGGAGGGCGAGAGAGGCUGAAGUUCUUUGUUGCGAGUAUCGAUUUCAGGAAACUAGUUGCACUUUGCUGUUGCCUUGGCGCUGCCCUCGGAGAGCGGAGAGCGGAGAGCCGCCGGCCGCGUCGCCGGGAGCACCCGAGAGCGAGGUGGGUUGGAGACCUCUGCCUUGGCCGCGCUCAGCACCAUCGCACUCUCUCCCAGCAAGAACCAGCCUUACGCCAUCGCAAGCCAAUUGACCUCACGGUCUGGGAUUAUAAUUUCUCUUUUAGCAACGGGCAGAGGGGGAAUUCUUGCCUCUUGGCAUCGCGGAGCCGGUUGGAACAGAAAUCUCGCUGUGUGUUUGUUUUCUCUGCCCUGUCUCUCUCUCUCUCCUAGCUCCGGCUUCCUCGCCCCUUGGGAGAGACCCAGAGAGGGGGACGGGAGGUCCAUAAUCAAGGCACCAUGCACUCCAGCGUCCGGAGGUGAAUUGGCUGCUACGGACGGUUGCAUUAAGACACAGAGAGGUUGUUAGAGGAGGGUAGGAGACCUGAAAGGCUAUGGCUAAGAAUUCACCGGACGGGUCCAAGGAAGAUCUGUCGAAGAUAGCGGACGAGGAGCUGGUGAAAUGGGGCAAGGCGGAGCUGGUGAAGAGGCUGCGGCGCACGGAGAGCGAGAGGAUGAGCCUGAUGCUGGAGCACGGCAACUUGAUGAAGGAGGUGAACCGGCGCCUCCAGCUGCACCUCCAGGAGAUCCGGGGACUCAAAGACAUCAACCAGCGGUUGCAGGACGACAACUCCGAGCUGCGGGAGCUCUGCUGCUUCCUGGACGACGACCGGCAGAAAGGCAAGAAGCUGUGCAGGGAGUGGCAGAGGUUCGGCCGCUUCGCCGCCAGCCUGUUGUGGAGGGAGCUGGGCACCUACCAGCAGAAGUUGGCCGAGCUGGAGCGCAGGCAGGACGCGCUGCUGGCCGAGAACCUGGAACUGAAGGAGAUCGCGCUGAUGCUGGAAGAGGAGCGGAGCGGGGCGGGCAGCCGGAGCUCCAUCGACAGCCAGACCAGCCUGAGUAACCUGAACGGCGGAUCCGGGCCCCGGGACGUGGGGGACGGCAGCAGUACCUCCAGCACCGGCAGCGCCGGCAGCCCCGACCACCACCAGCACCCCAGAGCGGCGGACAAGGGAGCCCCGCUCAAAAGCUCCAGCGACGACCUCUCGGGACCCCCUCAUCACCACAGGAGCAUUCCCAACGGGCUGAAUGAUCCUGCUUCAGCCUAUAUCAGACAACUGGAAAACAAAGUCAAGUUUCUGGAAGAAGAUAACAAGAUCUUAUCACAGGACUGUUCUCCAGAGCACAACUCGUUCCUUUCUGGUUUAAGCUCGGGGAGAUCUGUCAGACCGUCCUAUGUGAUCAAGCAGUCAAGUGCCGGUGAUCUGAAGGCCAUCCGUAAGACUUACCCAGCGCCGCUCAAGUCAGAGUCUCCACAUUCUUCACCACUGCCACCACCAUUUCAAGAACCAACACAAAAUGGCCCCCCUCGGCUGGUAACUGGAGACCCCAACAAUCCAGCGUUGCCACCUGGCUUCAUCCCCAGUGCCCAAAAGCCCGAAGCUGUAGUGCAUGCAAUGAAGGUCCUGGAAGUCCAUGAUAACCUGGACAGGCAGUUACCAGAAGACUGCGAUCAUGACGACUUGAGUGAGAAGGAAAAGGCCAUUGUUCGUGAAAUGUGCAACGUGGUUUGGCGUAAGCUUGGAGACGCGGCUGGCUCAAACCCUUCCAUCAGGCAGCAUCUCUCCGGCAAUCAGUUCAAGGGACCUUUGUAGUGCUGCUGCCCACAAAGCCUGGAUUCCAACAGCCUGUUCCAAGGAUAGAAGGAAGCACUCAUUCAUUGCAUCGGUACACAUGGAUAAACAAGAAAUUUAAUCCUGGCUUUUCACUCACCCUGGCUAUCUCUGCCAUUCUAUAUGUGAAGAAGGGUGUCACCAUGUGCAGGAUGUGCUGGAGACUGCUACAAACAACUGACCACAAUAUAAGUGUAAAUUACUCAUUAUAUAUAGCUGACUGUACACACAACUCUAUUAAGGUGUACUGCACAACAUAAUGCAGUUACAGGCAUUGAUGUGAUGAAGCCUGUGUGGGGAGAUUUAUCUGAAAGGAUUGAUCAGCCUGUAGAUUUGAACUAUCUUCCCCUACUGCUCCUCAACUGUCUCAUCUGUGUGAAUGAUCAAUAUGGCUACAUUAUGAGCAGACUCCUUUGAGUGCAUUGUUUUUCAAUAGAUUCCAAAGGUUGGAAAGUUGUUGGCCGGCGUUGCAAGCAAACCAGGGUCCCAGCAAGAUCCAAGGAGUUUUUCAGCAGGGUCAAUGUGAAAGGGGGUCAUCUUCCCAUGUACAGGAACACCCAGCCAACAAAUACAUUUGCCUCUCAUUGUGCAAAUAUACACUUUUGGUGUGUAGAACUAUAGCUGGUCCUGGAAUAACAAAGUCAUUGACUGGUACAACCCUAACACAAGAGUCCAAACAGAGAGGACUCUCUUGUUCAAAAGUAUGGCCACUGAAGAUAAAGUAUAGUUUUUUAAGGUAUAGAAGUUUAAAGGGACAGUAUUCUUUUCUCUUGAUGGUAUUUCUUGUUGGCAUUAGUUCUGUGCAGACUGUUUUAGGAAACCUGAUUGCUCUGUCUGCUGUAGGAAAGUAUUUGCAGACCCCAGCCAUGGUGUCGGGGAUCACAAUCCAUGUGUUGUUUUUGGAAUGAUGUGGAUGUGAAAUUGAUUAUCAGGUUUUGAAGUAAGACUGAAACACAACUCUUGGCUCCAUAAAAUCAGCUUGAACCAACCAAACCUACCAGUAAAGCUCCAUGGAAGCAUUGUACCUUUGCCUGAUCCCUUGCCUGCUGUGACUUUCGAAGCCCACCCAGAAUAUCAGAUGGAAUACUGCCUCUUUAACAGAUGAUGCUGAGUCUUCAACACUGAAAUGGCUUAAGGUCUGGUGAUACUGUUGCAAGCUGUGGACUUGAAAGUGGCACAGUGCAAUGUUACACCAUGCGAGAGUGACUCACUUCAGCUUAAAUGCUUAUGAUUAGCAGUACUGUUGACCAGGUCACUGACAGUGUCAUGUAGAAUUUCAGGAAUUUUUCCAAUCUGGUUGAAAUAAGAAUGCACAUAGAGGUAACCUGUAAACUAAUGAAUGAGGUUGUUUUCAUAACAUUGGGUGAAAAGAAUUAGUGAUCCUGGAGUAUCUUCACAUCCAAGAUAUAUAAGCAUACUAGUGUGACUGCAAGGAAAAGGUCUGAUGGCCCAGUAAUUUAUUGGGCACCCUUCACCUCUCUCCUGUCCCUGUUCAUUUUCAUAUUGAGCACAUUAUCAUAUGGUAACUAAUGUUUGUGAUAUUCUCACUUAUAUUAGUGGAGGAAAAUUUUGCUGCGCGCACUACAGAUAUGUUUAAAGAUGCUGUUUCUCAGGAUUUCACAUACAGUUAAGUAUUUUGGUGUUCAAUGCUGUUAUUUGUAAUUAGAACCUCUGCAGCCAUACUGUGCACAGCAACAUUCCAGAAGUGUAUCGAGAUAAAUCCCUAGGUAGUCUGUUUUGAAGAUAUGGUUGAAGUAGAAAAGUUAGUCGGGAUUGCUGCCUGAACUUCAGAUAUUGCCAUGGCAUGGUUAACUUUCUAUGUAAAACCCCAAUGGGCACCUCAUUUUAAUAUCCCAUCAGAACAAUGCACCCUCAGUGCAGUACUGGAGUGUUGGUCCAGGUUAUCCAUAGGUGGGCCAUUCAACAUAACUUCUUACAUUAACGUAGUAUCUUUAAUGCUGUAAAUUAUGAUCAGCAAAAUAUUGACUGAGCCAAAGACGAAGACAUGAGGAACGUUUCCACAGAAAGGUAAUUUUUAAGAGUCUGAAGAGAGGAGAGAGAGUGGGUUCUAGGGUUUGGUGCUUGGGCAGCCAAUAUUGGGGUGAGGGAAGUGGGACAGAACUGGAGGUACAGGGAGAUCUCACAUAACUGUGGUGAUUCAACAUUGUGGCUCACCACCUCAUUUUGAAGGGCAAUUAGAGAUGGGCAGUAAAUGUUUGUUCUCCCAAAGGUGCCCACAGUCUAAAAGUUAAUUACUUUCCAACAUGACAUCUAGAAGUGCUGCCGAAUUUAUGCAAUGACUUUGAUCCAAGAUACAGUACAUCAAAAUAAAGCAAUGUUAUGGGUGGGGUUUUCUGCAGAGUUUUCUGCCAAGUUGCUGCAGUUUUUCAUCUCUGUCAACUCCAUUGUUCACACUUGGAGCACUUGAAGAAUUGCUUAACAUUUGACGAAUCAAUCUCUUACACAUUUCCCCCAUCCCUGCUCCCUUUCCCCCAAACCUCCCUCCACCACCCCGACCUCAAGGCAUCACGAGCCAAACAAACAUUUAAAUUUGUUUCAACAAACUGGCUUUUUAUAUUUAUGUUCAAUACAGACAACACAAGUCAUAAUAAAUUGAAUCUAUCUCUGCAUCUGCCUGGUUUGAUUAUGUAGUCACUUGACUGCCAUUCCCAAGUGAUUUGUGGUUGGGAGUGUGUUUAUUUUGCUGGUUUUGAUUUGCCUGCACUGGGAGUCAGUGCAUUUCCAGUGAAAUCUGACCUGAGAAUGAGAAUCUGAAGCAAAUCCGUAGAAAAAAUAUGCAGUCCCACUGCUCCAUCAUAUAAACUUUGGAGACCUACCUUGGAUCAAAAUCAUUCUUUAAAGAGUCAAUCACCACUUCCAAAUUACAAUCAGACGAUAAUAUUUAUGCAGUGUCUCUUGUUCUGUACAAUUAGCGGAAGGCUGCACUAAGAUUGACCUAAUGUAUGCUGAAAAUAAAUUUGCUGGGAAAUGGGACAGGGAGCAAGAGAGCCCAAAGUAUGAUCUGCAGUCCACUCUCAGUUGGUUAUCAAGUGAGGUAAAGACUUCACCUUCAGUAUCUGCAUCUCUUGAUUAGGAUGUAAUUAUUGUGUGCGCUAGAGAGAUCCCUGCAGUAGUCAUACUGGCUGCAUCUUAGGUGAUGAAGUGUCAUUUAAAGGGUAGUACAGUGACACAGCUAUUGGCAUUGUUGCCUCCCAGCUCUUGGGUUUGAUCAUGACCUUGUGUGCUUCUGUGUGGGGUUUCUACAGCCACCCUGUUGAUUAUAUUGGUUUCUGCUGGUUGCUCUGGUUUCCUCCGAUCUUCUAAAGAUGAAAUUGGCUACUGUAAAUUACCUUUAGUGUAGGUAAUUAGCAAAAGAAUUGAAGGAGAGGUGGUGAGCAUGUAAGAGAAUAAUUUGCAGGGCUACAGGGAACUACGGAGAGAGGGAGUGGGAAUGAUGCCAUUGCUCUACUGGGAGAUGGCAGGGACCUGAUGGGCCAAAUAGCCUCUUUUUGCAUCAUCAUAAAUAAGUACGGUGGUGCACAGGAGAGUUGCAAUGAUGGAUCCUAGCAUUUUCUGUGUCAGAGGGACAGUAAGAGGGGAAUGAAAACCAUGGCUCAAGAUUUACAAGCACAGAUACACAAUACGACUGCCAACACAACACUGAUAGAUUCACAGAGUUUCCCAAAGAAUCUGGGAGGAUGAUCAUUUUUUCCGCAGGAAGAGAAACCAACCACUACCAAUUAGUGCGGAGUGACAAAGUCAGUAAGUCAGGUAGUGGAAGAUGAAAGACAAUAUGGGGAAAUCUAAUGCCAAAACUGAAUUUGAACAAUCAAAUUUUAAAAUGGUGUGCCCUUCCCUGUUAAUGUAUGCAUAAGGACUGUUGGUGAGAACCUGCUACUAAAUGUGUGUCACUCCCGGGAAAGCCUUUGGUGCUUGCAUUAUCUUGGAUUAGGAUUCUGGUGGGGGUUACAUCAUGGAGUUCAAACCAGCUACAAAGUUCACAGUGGGAAGCAAUCUUCUAGGGCGAUCGAGACUCUGGAAGAUACAAGACUGGUGUGUGGGCUCUUCGGUGUUUGGUUACAGUCUCGUUCCAGCCACUUUGUUCUGAAAACAACUUCAUCAUCUGUUGGUCUAAAGCAAAGGACAAUGACAUUCUAUUUUCAAUCUGAACUUUGAUUAAACUAGAAUUUUGAUAGUCCAACACUGAUGGCAGCUGCAUAUUUUUGUGCACUAAUGCUUGUAAAUAUACUGUCCAGAAGAUUAUCCAAACCCUAGAGAGUUGAAAGGUUUCUUUUACCUCAGAAUAUAAUAAGUAACAAGCUAUACACUGGAAAAUGGGGAUUUCCCAAUACAAUUUUGUGUUCUGACAGUAUAAUAUUUUAAUAAGACCACAAUAUAAAUUUAUCAUGUUAUAUCAAAUAUAUAUAUAUCUAUAUAUAUGAUAAUGUCAAUGUUUUAUUAUUGAUGAAAAGUUUCUGCCUCUGUCAAGGAUGGAGAGCCUCAGUCCUAUUCUGUUGAUAAUUGUGAUUUGAUUGUUGCAGUGGAUUUAAAAAUAAGCUGGUAUAAAUGCAAUGAUUUUCUUUUUAAUGCCAAUACGUUGAUGUAUUCCAAAGCUCUCUCAAUCCUACCAUCUAAAAGAAAUUAGCCAGAGGAGGAUUUACUCCACUUAUUCCUAAAGAGUGAAAGUUACUGUGGGCAACUCUGAUGCCACUGCUGGCUUCCGUUCUCUUCUUGCCCUCUUUUGUGUUAUUAAUAACAGCCUGUAGAUGAUGUAUUAAGGUUCAUAGAUGGAACUUACUUGGAGAUCCUGAUCCCAUUUUAGACAAGCAUGUACAUUUACUGUCCAGGAAUAAUAAAUGAAUGGCCCUUAAAGUGAAAA